AUGGGGACGCCACAGCCUUUAUUGAUGGAAGUUCCAUUCCUUUGCGAGUUCUGUCGAAAAUUGGAUAUCUAUAACUCUAUCCGUCGUAACGUAUGCGACAUGUUUGACGCAGCUACUAGUGGGUGUUUUCUUUGCGACAUCGUACUCAAGUCCUUGGGGAAAAUGGACCCUCAGGCCCAGCAUUUUGACACUGUGAAUAUGUUUGUUUCGAUUUCGGGUCAGGUAAUAAUGUGGCAAUCAUCUAAAGAAGAAUUUCGCUUCUGUCAAGAUGACCGACUCGCCAAGCGUGUACCCUUCAGACCACUAUCGUUAGAUGUUUCAUCAAAAGAAAGCUUCAACAUUAUAUCCACCUGGUUACAGCAAUGUCUCUCGAAGCACAAGAGAUGCCGGAAUCGAGACAAGGUUAACCAAAAAUUGCCAACCAGGGUUAUAGAUGUACAGCACGAAGGUCAGGAUCCGUUCUUGGUAGAAACAAAUCAAAGAAAUGGCAACUGGGUUGCAUUGAGUUAUUGUUGGGGCUCUUCACCUACAGCGAUAACAACAAGGCAAAAUCUUCAACAGCAUUGUAUUAAGAUACCUAUGUCUGCUCUUCCUCAAACCAUGAAAGAUGCUAUUGUUGUUACUCGUCGGUUACGUCAUCGAUAUCUUUGGAUUGAUUCUUUGUGUAUUAUACAAGAUUCACCAGAAGAUUGGGCCGUGGAGUCACUUAAAAUGGCAGACGUUUAUGGAGGCGCCUCUUUGACAAUUGCAGCAGGAGCAGGCAUAGAUACCGCGUCUGGGAUUUUUGACAGUACUAAUGUUUUCCGCCGACAACAAUGUGGAAAGUUUAAUUUCUCGAUCGAAGGCUAUGAUCCACAUCAUCUUGAAGAACGUGGGAGGCUGUGUGUAGUGAAUUCCAUAGAUUUGGAUCCAUAUACAUUUGCAGGCUGUCUCAGCAAACGUGCUUGGACUUUGCAGGAAGAUUUAAUGUCUCGGCGCUUAAUUACCUUCGGUAAAGAGCAAUUAUACUGGAGGUGCAUCACACAAGACUUCUUAGAGGUAUGUCCCUCUCGAGAAUUCACCCAAAAGAACCACCGAAGAGGGCGUACGUCGGGCGGAAAUCACACUGAUUUUGUACGCCGAAAUAUGAAUGAAAAAAAGACAAAAUUGCCAUCGUGGUACGGUAUCGUGAAUGAUUAUAUUAACCGUCACAUAACAAUGCGAAAAGAUGUACUAGUUGGUAUCUCGGCUAUUGCCAAGGUGAUGGCUAAAGAGAUGGGACAGCCUCCUGCUGCGUACAAGGCAGGUCUUUGGGAACAUGACUUCCACCGAGGUCUCCUUUGGCGAAGGUCAUACAACAGCCGCCUGCCACUCAUACGACCUACUGAAUACAUCGCGCCAUCUUGGAGUUGGGCCUCAGUCAGUACCAGCCACAUGUCAUCGCCUCGUAUCUACGAUGACGAAACAAAUGACGAUGGUACACCUCCUUCAGAUGCUAAAAUCAUUGAAAUAAUCAUUAAGAACGAGAAUGACGAUCAUUUCGGAGUGGUAAAAGGGGGUUAUGUUAAGCUCUCAGGGCCAACCUUAGAAAUCUGCCGCCAUGAAAUCCCAUCAAUCUUUCUGGAUUGCCCUGAGAAUGCGAAAGAUGAAAUUCGUAUGAAGCAUCCCCGAAAUUUGACCGAAGAAUACAUCAUGGAGGGCAAUUUGAUUGCGAAUGGAUGCAAGGAUUCCCACCCAAAGGCUCUGCUGGUCAGCAUUUCAACUUUUCCUGAGAACCAUAAGCAUUCUUUGAUUCUCCAGAGUACUGGAAGCCUUGAUGUAUAUCAACGAGUUGGGUGCAUCGACAUUUCCGCACGUGGUGGUAAGUUCCAGCAUCCAGAUUGGAUAACAAGAGAGAUAACAAUCAUGUGA